AUGCACGUCAGCCCCGAUGAUAUGAUCCAGUCUGGGGCAUCUGAUGUUCAAAUUGAUAUCACAGAGUUCAGCAACGCCACACCUGAAUAUGAAGCUAGUAUGGUUCGACAGCGCCCAGCUCGAACUCGUCGAAAUGUUGUUUUCAAAGGUAGGAAGUCGUACAUGCAGACACCCACAAAGUUGGCUUCUUCUGUUGUCUAUCCAUUUGCCUUCAUCAAACCAUGUGGUGUCCAUGGAGAUUACUCUAAAGGACAUAAACAAGCGAAUACGUACACCUCCACCUUCAAGUUCAACAGAAACUAA